AUGCUUUUCAACGACACAGCGUGUUUUAGUAAGCGGGUACCGAAAGAAACCGUUCAGACAUGGUUGACUCAUGGAGGCAGAAUCUAUUCUGGAGGAACCAGUGCUGCCGCGUCUUACUUUUUUGCCGUCAGUCGCGAAGAUGAGUGGACGAGCAUACUUUGCAGAAGAUCGAUAGUGGUCAUACAUGCGAGCUGGAUUUUGCACUGUGUCGCGCAUUCGUUUCGUGUUCCAAUCGUGGGCUACGUACUUGAUGAUGGCUUUGAUGCUGGACCACCUUUCAGUCGCACGGGAAUCCAAGAUCAUGUACUCACCUCAGUAGUAUGCUCUCGAUAUCCACAACGGGUAUCACAUUCUUCUGUGCCACAGAGUCAACCCCAAACACAUCUCUGCCGCAUCCCGCCGAACGUCCUCCAGAAGCGAAAGCGCCAGAGAGACAGCCUCCCCUACCCCAACGCACUGCAUUACGAUAGUGAAUCAGGAGACAGUCUCCCGCGGCGUCCACUCAAACGCCGUAUGCUCUCCUUGAAGCUAUCGUCUUCGUCUUCGUCAACAGAAACUUUAUCCGACAUCGCGAUUACAGAAGCAUACGACUCCCCAGUCGCCAAAAACCACGGCGUUAGAUCAACUCGUGUGAUUACACCCGAUACAGGCAUCGCAAAUACUCCUCCCGAUGAUCACACGCUAUCCGCUCCUCAUGACCUUACUCCUCCCUUCAAAGCUGUGUCAAAAUAUCAAUCUCAGGGGUCAUCAUUGCACUGUUCUUUGCGAAAUGAUCAUGGGCACAAGAAGGCCGUCGAUACUGAUCGUGCCUAUGAACAUACUCCUCAAUAUACUCUCACCGUGAACGAUACCAGUUCUGUUACGUGUCUCAAAGAUUCUCCUCCUGUGCUGGCUAUCGACUUCACCCGACUGCAAUUUCCUUCCAGGAACCGUUCGCGCCUCCCUCUUCUGCAUUUAGAACCAGUCGCUGCAACUGCCAAAGUCGGGAGCAGGGAGGAUGGCGAAAGUUCUACUAGGCCGGUAGCCUCAAAUCACACUCUCAAGCAGUUUGCGCAGGAUGUACCUCCAGUCACACAACAACCAGGCAAUUCAGUGGUUCCAGGAACCUGCAGUAGCGAAAGCCAUAAGGAUACGGAAUCCGUAUCCCCCGUCACACGCCGAGGCACUGCGAGUAGGAUCCUCCAGCUCUCCUAG